UACCGAUCCGUUGUGGUAAAGAAGGAGCUGAGCCGGAAGGCAAAGCUCUCCAUUUACCGGUCGAUCUACUUUCCCAUCCUCACCUAUGGUCAUGAGCUUUGGGUCAUGACCGAAAGAAUAAGAUCACGGGUACAAGCGGUCGAAAUGAGUUUCCAGGUCUCUCCCUUAGAGAUAGGGUGAGAAGCUCUGCCAUCCGGGAGGAACUCAAAGUAAAGCCGCUGCUCCUCCACAUCGAGAGGAGCCAGAUGAGGUGGUUCGGGCAUCUGGUCAGGAUGCCACCCGAACGCCUCCCUAGGGAGGUGUUUAGGGCACGUCCAACCGGUAGGAGGCCACGGGGAAGACCCAGGACACGUUGGGAAGACUAUGUCUCCCGGCUGGCCUGGGAACGCCUCGGGAUCCCCCGGAAAGAGCUAGACGAAGUGGCUGGGGAGAGGGAAGUCUGGGUUUCCCUGCUUAGGCUGUUGCCCCCGCGACCCGACCUCGGAUAAGCGGAAGAAGAUGGAUGGAUAGAUUUAUUUACUAAAGGUAAAUUGAGCAAAUUGGCUAUUUCUGGCAAUUUUUUUAAAGUGUAUAUCAAACUGGUAGCCCUUCGCAUUAAUCAGUACCAAGAAGUAGCUCUUGGUUUCAAAAAGGUUGGUGACUCCUGCUAUAGCCGUGAGUGCCAUAAUAGUGAGUAGGUUUGUUUGUGUCAUGAGUGUGACAAGUUGAUUAUUGAUCUGUGUAAUUAGUGUACAUUACCUGCUCAGUGGCCGAGUGAUUAUAUUACCGAUCUCGGCCACCCUGAAAUCGUUAGGCCGAGUCAUACCAAAGACUAUAAAAAUGGGACCCAUCACCUCCCUGUUUGGCACUCAGCCUCAAGGGUUGGAUUUGGGGGCUAAAUCACCAAAAAUGAUUCCCGAGCGCGGGCACUGCUGCUGCUCACUGCUCCCCUCACCUCCCAGGGAGUGAGGGUGAUAUUUCAAAUGCAAAGGAUAAUCUCACCACACCUAGUGUGUGUGUGUGUGUGUGUGUGUGUGUGUGUGUGUGUGUGUGUGUGUGUGUGUGUGUGUGUGUGUGUAAUAAUCAUUGGUACUUCAACUUUCAACUUUUACUUGUGUACUUGGAAGUCAGACCUCUGUAUAAACAGAAUUAAUAGUGUUGCUUAAGUAAGUGUCGAUGGUUAACGAGUAGUACUGCGCAAUUACGGUGCAAGGAGCAUGACCAUUGAACGCAGCAUGAGUGUCACAUGUUACCAACGGAAGGAGACAGUUUAUAAUGUGACGCCAUAACAGCUUGACAGCCAUGCAAUGAGACGCCAGCAACCUCUAAAAAAACCCACCCCCGGACGUGUAGCUGAAGACAGUUAGGAGCGACAAUGGCGACUGAUGACAGCCAGGCAACUCUGGAUUCAUGGCUGAAUGGUGCCACAGACCCAAGGAACCAAGAGGACAGAUGGGACUGCAUUCAGGGCUUCUAUCAGCUGGUCAACAAGGAGGCUGAUGGUCCACAGGUGGCGCUUAGUCUUCUUGUACAUAAAAUCCAGUCUCCCCAGGAAAAAGAAGCAUUGCAAGCUCUGACUGUUCUGGAGGCGUGCAUGAAUAACUGCGGCAAGAGGUUCCACGGAGAAGCGGCAAAGUUUCGGUUCCUCAAUGAACUCAUCAAAGUCUUGACGCCAAAGUACUUAGGCUCAUGGACUUCCCAGAAGGUUAAAGAUCGACUGACUGAGGUUCUCUACGGCUGGACGCUCUGGCUGAAAGAGGAAACCAAGAUUCAGGCAGCCUAUUCAUUGCUGAAGAAACAAGGUUUCAUAAAGAAAGAUCCAGAACGACCAGAAACUGUCAUAAUGGCUCCUCCACCGCAAAGAAGUACAGACUCUGUCUUUGACCAAGUAGAGAAAGCCACGAUUUUAGCCAGGUUAUUAAAAAGUGGACGGCCUGAAGACCUGGAGACAGCCAACAGCCUCAUAAAAAGCACAAUGAAAGAGGAACAGGAGAAAGCUGAGAAAGUGUCCAAGCGGGAAUCUAUCCUGAAGGCAGUUGAAUGCAGUACUAAGCAGCUCAGAGAGAUGUUGGACCAACAUGCAGUCACUGGAUCAUCCUUACAGCCUAGUGAUGAUUUAAAGGUCUUGUACGAUAGCUGUGAGCAACUCAGGCCGAGGCUUUUCCGCCUGGCAAGCGACACGGUGGAUGACGACGACGCUUUGGCACAGAUCCUGUCCGCCAACGACGAUCUUACACUUGUCGUCAGUGCCUACAAAGAGCGUUUGGGAAAAGGGCAGUGCAAUGGAAGGAGCAAAAGUGAAGAAGCAGCGACGAAUAAAACGCCAACAAGUCCCAGAGAGAUUAAGAGCUACCACCUCAUCGACCUCUCGGCUUUCGACUCGCCGCAGACGGACAGGAAAGCUGACUCGCCCGUCUUCUUCGCUCAUCUGGAAAGCACUUGCAACUCUCUGACUGAGCAGAGCGACCCGGAAUCAGACAAGUUACUUCUUCUGUCUCCAAAAUCAUAUUAUGACGACCUG